AUGGAGCCUGAACGCGCUCAUAGGGCUUGUGAAAAAUGUACUCGCACUAAAAAGAAAUGUGACAAAGCAUUGCCUGCUUGUUCUCGCUGUACGAGGCUUGCAACUACAUGCUCCUACGAUUUUAUCUACACGGCCCCAACUACCGCUGUUGUGGAACCAGGCUAUCUUGCAGGAUCUACCCCCAAGGAAGCUUACGGACAGGGUAUAUUCGAUCCUACUUUCGAUGUCUCCAGCCCUAUGAUCAUGACCUUGCUGUCUUCACGCAAUAUUCAUUGGCGUGAGGCCAUUGAGCGCUACUUCGAAACCAUGAACCCCUGGUUUUCUGUAGUUCACCCAGAACUUUUCGCUAUUCGCACCGAUAGUAUCAGUUCCAGUUCUGGCUCCGGUGCGGAUCAAGGCCCUCGCGAUCCUGCUGUCGCUCUUCUGAUUGUCUGUAUGCAACUCGUCUCUCAGUACGACGACGAGGCUGCUGCUGCAAGCACCAACGUCAAUGAGGGCAAGGAUAUGAUCGAAAUGCCUGCCUACAGGGCUGCCAAGCGCGCUCUGAGUGUCCUUCGCGGCCUUUCUGCUCCUAGCAUCGAGCUUGUACAGUGCUCCAUCCUACUUGCCCUUUUUGAGUUCGGACAUGGUGAUGUCAUGCGCGCCUAUGUCAGUAUUGGGGAUGCCAAUACAAUGGCUGUCGUUCUGCAUAUUGGCCCUGGAAAGUAUGUUGAGGCCGAACGGGAGGCUAAUAUACCUUACGAAGAAGAAGAACGUCGCUGCGUCUACUGGAGCCUCUUUGUGUUGGAUCGUCUGAUUCAUGUUGACUGUUCUCUUAUCCACAUGCCACUUCAGGUCCCCUCCCCAGAUGCAGAUGACUUGUUACCGACAAGUAACUUAAUCUGGCAUGAUCAGAAUCAAUCGCCUACACGUUCCGUCCAGCGACAUCCUGCAAGUAUUGCACCGUCGGUACCUCUUGGACCGUUCCAGAGAAACUGCCAAUGUGCAAUGCUUUACACAAGAGCCUACUCUCCUAAACCAAAGGGGAAUCCAAAUGCUCUGUUAGAAGAGUAUGUCGAGCUCGACAUUGCAACGAGAGCUCUGGUAGAGGCCAUGAUCAUGCAGACUUCUCGUUGGGGUGACUUUUAUGAAUGUUUCGCGACGUGCACAUGUCUCCUUCUUUUCCUCUAUUGUCGCCAACUCCGCGCCGCCAAUACUAUAACAUCCGUCGGGCCCUUCUCUCCAACUGCCGGCGACAUCGCGCCCAAGGCCAUCGCCGGUCUCAAUUUCACCAUUCGCAUUAUUGCCGACACCACCACUGACCUUAACGACCAGCUUGCCCAUCGACCUCACCUCCUUGCUCCAUGUUCACCUGUUACACCUUACUCGGCUUACCACUGCCUCAUGGUGUUAAGUCACUUGGAGCAUUUGAUCCCCGAAGCUGACACACGAUUUCACAACAUCUUUGCGUCACUGCACUUUUUUGCUAAGAGAUGGGGAGUUGCCGGACAACUUGUUAACAAGGUUGAACUGUUUCUAGCGGACUCUGAUGAGACGCAAUGGUGCUUUAUGGAUGACUGA